CAUGCGUGUGUAAAACGUGUACCACAGGCCGGCCCUGUGCUAAGCAUUUUGCCUUGAUGGCUCAUUUAAUUCUCACAACACCCCGAUAGUAAAUACUAUUACUGUCCCAUUUUGAAUUUUGCAGAGGAGAGAAGUGAGGCUGAAAGAGGUAAACUCGCACAGCUAGAGUGAGGAGUCUGGGUUUUAACGCUUGCAGCCUGACUCCUUCCUGCCACAGUGGGUCUUUUGCUGUGACUUCCCCUCUAACUGGACUGGGGGAAGGCAGGAAAAACCCUGACCCUCUCCCACCGAGCUUCAGCCAGUGAUACUGCUUCCCGGAUGAGAAGGGCGGCCCCAAAGCCCGCAGCAAGGCCGGCACCACGGCCACCAUCCCUCCAGACUCCUCACAGCUCUGCAGCAGCCCAGACCCGCUGGCCCUCCAGGACUGGAGGUGCUCCCGACAGAAAGUCAGGCAUUUGCUGGUCCUGAUGUCAGUCAUGCCCAGCGUGGGGCCAGGCCCCUCUGAGGGCUUCACCACCGCGCCCACCAGCGACCUUGAAGAGAUCCACAAUUGGAACGAACUGCUCCACUUCUUCAACCACACUCUGCCCGAGUGUGAAAUGGAGCUUGACGAGAACACCAAGCGAGUGGUCCUCUUUGUCCUCUACCUGGCCAUCUUCGUGGUUGGGCUGGUGGAGAACAUCCUGGUGAUAUGUGUCAACUGGCGCUGCUCGGGCCAGGCGGGGCUGCUGAGCCUCUACAUCCUUAACAUGGCCGUAGCAGACCUGGGCAUCGUCCUGUCUCUGCCCGUGUGGAUGCUGGAGGUCACACUGGACUACACCUGGCUCUGGGGCAACUUCUUCUGCCGCUUCACUCACUACUUCUACUUUACCAACAUGUACAGCAGCAUCUUCUUCCUGGUGUGCCUCAGUGUUGACCGCUACGUCACCCUCACCAACUCCUCUCCCUCCUGGCAGCGCCACCAGCAUAAAGUGAGGCGGGCAGUGUGUGCAGGCGUCUGGGUCCUCUCGGCCAUCAUCCCACUACCCGAGGUGGUCCACAUCCAGCUGGUGGAGAGCUCUGAGCCCAUGUGCCUCUUCCUGGCACCCUUUGAAACAUACAGCACGUGGGCCCUGGCGGUGGCCUUGUCAAGCACUGUCCUGGGCUUCCUGCUGCCCUUCCCUCUCAUCGCAGUCUUCAAUGUGCUGAUGGCCUGCCGGCUUCAGAAGGCAGGAUGGCCCGAGGGCCGACGCCACUGCCUGCUGGUGUGUGCCUACGUAGCUGUCUUUGUCAUCUGCUGGCUGCCCUACCACGUGACCCUGCUGCUGCUCACACUGCAUGGGACCCACGUCUCCCUCCACUGCUACCUGACCCACCUGCUCUACUUCUUCUAUGACAUCAUUGAUUGCUUCUCCAUGCUCCACUGUGUCGUCAACCCCAUCCUUUACAACUUUCUCAGCCCAAGCUUCCGGGGCCGGUUGGUGAAUGCUGUGGUCCAUUACCUCCCCAAGGUCCAGGCCAGGGAGGGCAGACACGCUUCCUCUUCCUCCUCCUCCACUCAGCACUCCAUCGUCAUCACCAAGGAGGACAUGCAGCCCACUGCAGCAGGCCACCCUAACCUGAACUUCCAGGCACCAAAUACCUCAUCCAUCCCUGCUCCUCGAACUCUACAGCCAGCUGAGGCAGAUUCCAGCCCCUCCAUCAGUGAAUUAAAAACUGGAGGUGUAGGUGAGAGAUGUGCGGGGGAGGGUCAGAGCACUCGUGGUCAAUUUUGAGUAUGUCUUAAAAUAUUGGGGUGGGGAGGGGGAGAAGGGACAGGGAGGGAGAGAGAACAGGUCCUUGGGGGUGUACUAUUUGUCUCGGUCUUUGUGUCUAAGGGAGACAUGCAGGAAAAAAGGUGACAUAAAUAAAAGAGACAGCCAUGACUCUGGAUGUCUGAAAACCCCGCCCGUGCAGGCGGGAUUGGGAAGGGAGCGAAGGCUAAAGAGAUGCCCAGCAGAAAGUAGAUGCCCUCAUUUCAGAAAUCGCCCUGGCCGGAGACAGCAAGGUCCAUGGGACCUCACAAAACUUUCCUUUCACGUCUGCGUGCUUGUUGAUCUCCCCGCACACCAUGCAGGCUGUGGGGACAGAAGCCAGAGGCCAAGGAACCAGGAGGCCUCAGCAGGAUGUUCCCAGCAGUGUAACCCCAGAGAUAUGAGAAAUGGACAGGGUGGGGACAGGAGGCGGUGGGGCCUGAGACAGGCACCUUGCAGCUGGGUUGGCAGGAUGGUUCUCCGCCCCCCAUCCAGGAAAUGGCUCCAUUUCCUCCCCUUUCCUGACACUCUCCCCUUCAGCCACCCUGCUCCCCUCCACCCAGAGCAGAGGAGCUGUCCCAGAGUCAACACUCCCCACAGCCCAUCUCCUCCCUGCUUUGGAUCUAGGAGAUUUCCAGACUUCUCAGAAGAGAUGCUAUCCAAAAUCCACCCUGCCCCUCCCUUUCUCUCCAGAUCACAGGAAAAUAUCGAGACACCUAUUCUGGGAGCAGACCUUGGGACAGCCAGCAGCAGGCACUGACAGAUGGUGUCCACGAGCUUUUGUCCCCUGCGAGAACUAAGUCAGCUCUUCUCACCCUUAGACUUCCUCCUCCCUGGCCAAAUCUUUCCAUAACUUUCCUGUCUGGCAACUUACUUCUGUUAACACUUGUCCUAUAGAUAGGAAAAGAAGACCUCUUGUUAACUAGUAGGUCUUCUGGAAAAGGUCAUUUAUCAGUUUGGGAAACCGGGAUCAUGUCCAUGAAGACCUCUGACUGAAGUAAAAUCCUAAGAACUGGUCCCAGUCCACCAGUUCCAAGUCCUUGGCCUCUUAAUCCUGCCUGUGGAGAGGGAAAGGCUUGUGGACAUAAACACUGAGGGCCUCUGGCCUGCUCACGUGCUCUGGACGGCUGCAGUGUCUAACCUGGAGCAACCACACACUGACCUGGAGCCUGUCUCCUCUGCUCUUAGAACCUACCAGGAUAUCCGUUCAGCAGGUGCAUUAAACAUGCACUCCCACCGUGUCUGCACCCGUUUGUCAGGAGCACGGAGGGAAAUCUGUAUCCAUAAUCCCCCCGCUCACUGGGCCCAAACCUGAAAGGGGCUUAAGCUACACACAGCCACUCGGUGGCAGAGCGGAGGGCCUCUCACCCAGAAGAGUGCAGGUAGAACUGGGGGUGGCAGCAAGGGCUUAACCCACAAGGCAGAAAAUGCAUUAAAGACUUUCCGUCCUUGUGUCCACAUAAAAACCAAGCCAAGACCUGAUGCCCAUAUCACUGCCUCCUCUGACUCAGGCUCCAGAAGUUUCCUAAAGGAAGUCCAAUUUUAUACCUCUGGCUCAUCCCAGGUUACCUCAGAGGCCACUUCCCCAAGAUCCUGCUCGCCUCACGGAUUUCACUCUGGUGACCAGUUAUCGCCCUGGUGGCGCGAACGCUUCCUUAGGGCCUUGGGAGGAGAGAGAACUGUCUGCGCUAACUGCAGCACGGCUGCCCGGCCAGCAUUCACUGAGCACCGACGGGGGCCGAACCACCCCUCAUUACUAGAGGUCUGUCUCCCCUGUGGGGGUACAUGUUGCCAACCUCAUGAGUCUGCUUCUCUCCUCUCCAACGUACCACAUCACAGUCAAUUAAAUGGCAUUGGCAAGACAAUUUGUGGCCAACUCUCUAGUCUAACUAGACAUUAGCAGAGUCCCACUGCUCUCUUUGGGCCAACAGAUCGCCUCAGGGAUGUUUCCCCUGAAAGGUUGGGUCAGACAUAUUUCCCACUAAAAACAUGUCAACCUGGGGAAUUCCAGCUCCAGGAAAGGAAAACAUGCUGAUAGAACUCUGGCAUCUGCUGAGAGAAUGCUGCUUCUGGAAGGGCGACAGCCCCGAGGCUCUGAGCGCGAGGGACGAGCAUGUGACAGUAAAUAGGAAAAGAAUUCCCUCCCAUUUCAAAUGUCCUUUUUUUAUUCUAAAUAAAAACCACACUUUGUGCUGAACAAUGGAAUAUAAAAGAAUCAGAUGUACAACGAUUUAAACAUCUACUAUUUGGGAAAAAAAGUUUACAAAAUAUACAAAACUUUACAGCAAUAGAUAGUAAACACUUAAAUAUUAGGAGGUCAGUACUUCUUAAUUUAAUGGAAGGAGUUAGACGUCAAUAACUCUUCUCUGUUUCAUAAGAGACUUUAGCUAGUAGAGGUGAGAGGGUAGACAGGGGUGUUAAAGAAACGUCAAAAUCAAAAGGUUCAUUUUCAUUCUGAUGUUAAGUUUACGAUGAGGAUCACAUUGAAAAGAACACUGUGUGCCCUGCUUCCUGGCUCAUUCAGUGCAGGAUUAGGACAAAGGACAUGUGAGGACCCCCAGAAGGGCACAGACUUCGCCACACAGCCCACUCCCAUGCCAAAAAAAUCAGUGCCCACCUACAAAGGGAUGUAAAUUCAUUAUGAGUUGAGUAGUCUGGGGAACAGAGCACAGCAGGAGGCCAGAAGUGGAAGAAAAUUCAUCAGUAGCAAAACCUGACUGGGGAGAAGGUAUUUAAGCCCAAAGCCUUGUCCUGGAGACCAAAGGGUGCUGACAGAUGGGGAGAAGAAAGUCAAAAAGAACUUUGACCCAUUUCCUGGUUCUUGGGGGUCACCUUGGCUGGACCCCACCUCCUUUCUCCCCAACUAGCCAUGAACUAUAGAGACUCCACGGAGUCUUACAGUUUAGGAACAAAUACUAGGGCACAGCAGAGCUUCGCUGAGGGUGCUGGGAGUGCCGGGACACUGACCCCUCCUCUGGCCACAAGCAGCCUCCGCUGUUUACACCAGCAUGCCGGAAAGCAUUACCCUUUUCCCUCAGGAGACACAUUGGGAAUGGCCUUGUGCUUGGUUUAAUGCUCUAUAGUCACCAUCUGGAAAUUUCUUAAUAAUUUUUAAACAAAGGGCUCUGCAAAUUGUGUAGCCAGUCCUGAGUACAGAACAAGAUAAAAGGGGAAAAAGGUGAAGACAUUUAAGGGUCAAACAGAACCUGGGAACAAUACAGCAGGAGACAGUGCUCAACGGGGCUCCAGGGCCUCAGUGGCAUUAAGAUCAAAUGAACAGAAGGUUGAAACAUUAAAAACUCAAAAUAAAAUGAAUGCCUUCCACCAGGUAUCCUAGGGUGCCCUUCACCUGUCUAGCGUUUCAAGUAAAAGUUCGGAAAAGGGUGAGCUGGGGGCAGAGGCAGCCAACCCGACUCCACACAGAGGGAGGGUCAGGCCUGAACGUGAGGGACACGCGGAGGAACAGGGUUUGGUCAGUGAGCCGCAUGAGCUGCUGACCCUGCGACUGUCUGACUGCAGCCAGCCCGGCUACCCUCUCCAGUCCCCUGGCCUCCGGAGGAUCAGGGGGUGCAGGUUUUUGUUUAGUGUUUCAGGGGCAGAGUUUCAAGGAUUUGCUUUUUGGUUUACUGGCAAAAAGGGAAAACUUCACAGUUUCAGGUUAAGUAUACAGACUACCCAGCAUCCCUGACACCCUCUGUUAAGGAGAAGCGUUUCUCCAGCACACUGAUCCAUUCUCUGCUAUUGUUUGGCCUCUCUCAAGCCCGGCCAUUCAAACAGCAGUCCUCACCCAGCCUGCGAGGGGUCACUCAGGCCUCGGUGGCUUAGUGGACCACAGCGUUCCACACAUUUUCCUUCUUAAAUUCCUAAUGGUCAGCAUGGGCCAGUCAGGGAUGAAGCCUCAGCGCUACUUUCCUGACAAGAAUGUCCCGAGGGAACAUUCCACAAGUUGCGUUUAGAGGGUGAAAGGUGGCCACUUGUACAAGUCCCUUCACGUAAUGUCAUCCGACCAGGGAGCGGUGCACUCCAUCUGACUCGGAGGCAUCAUCACCUUGGGGCCGGGCGAGCAGCAGCAGGCCCACCGGGGCACAGCUCCGCCUGCCUGUGGGUCUUAAUACAGCUUCCCCAGUCCAGGAAGGAUGGGAAAACAGCAGAAAGGUCCUUCAGGUGACUUGAUCCCCUCAUCC